AUGCCCGAAAAAGGGGUCAGAGACAGCGCGCAUCAGAGACCAGAGACAGAUGGAGGGAACGCGAGAAAGCGGUGGACGAGAGUCAUCGAGAAGGGCAUGGUCAAAGGCAAAGGAAGCCACAUAGCUCUUUCGAAGGGCCAAGCAAGCGCCGUCAGCACUCUGGGAUUUGUGGCCGGAAGCCCCGUCUGCCCGUUGUCCCGUAGCAAGUACGAGUACAGUACCGUCCGUUUUCCCUCUGCUGCGGAACUGCCUCGCACCAUUCGGGAGACAGCUGUCUGCAAGCCUGCAGGCCUGCAAGCGGUGCGCGCCCAACUGUGGAGCCGGCGCCGUGGCGGGAAGAGACCUGCAGCUGCUGGCAGGAAGAAGGACGGCACAAGUACCCUGUACGAGCCCUCGCGGGCGUGUGCGCGGCGCCAUGUACCUGCCGCUGCCUCGGCGCAGGUGCAGUACCUGGCCGCAGGUACCGGUACCGGCGAGCGGCGGGCGGCUGGGGAGGUGGCGGUCCUGGCACGCAGCGACGGCUGCUGGGUUGCGGCACAGGGCCUCAGUGCAUGGCCUGGCCCGGGUACCGCUACAGCGCAACGCCACGCCGGCCAGUACCAUGGAACCCUGCACCAGCUGCGAGCCCACACCAGGCCGAGUCGCCAAUCCGCCCACAAUCUGGCCUAA